AUGAUUGCCUACAACAGCAUCCUCGUCAGUCUCGCCGUACACCUCAUCGGUGCUGACGUGGAUGAAGCGGCGGAUCUGGCCGGUGACCUUGCAGGCCUCGAGAAGCACGUGGGUCCCGUAGAUGUUGUUUUUGGUGAACUCGAAGCUGUUGCCGAACGAGUUGUCGACAUGGGUUUGAGCGGCGAAGUGCAUGAUGGUAUCGAUGCUUUCGGUGAUGAGGAGAUAGUUGACGAGGUCGGCACUUCCGAUAUCGCCCUUGACAAACUUGAAGUUAGAGCAGUAAUCGAGCUUGUCGAGGACCACGAUUUUGUAGUCCGGAUGGUUCCGGACGAGACGGUUGGCCACAUGGGAGGCAAUGAAUCCGGCAGCUCCUGUAAUGAGGAUGUUCUUGGGCGUGAAUGUAUUCGACAUUUCGUACCGAUUUUCUGA